AUGUCCAGCAGUGAAUCCACUUCUGAUAGUUAUCAGUUUGAUGACUCGGAUAUAAAUUUUACUCUGGGGUAUGUUAUUAUCAAAGAUGUGGGAAUAAAUAACGAUGGCAAUAUUCAUCAUGACGAUUCUGAGGAUUUGUAUUGCUGGUGCAAGUGUGGUAACUGCGGAAUAAACCUUCUUAGCAAUAGCUAUGAAUGCUUUUGUUGUUCUGAGCUUGAAGGUUGCGAGGAAGCAUUAAAAAGUAAGGAAGUUUUGGAAGAACUCAAAGCCGAAGGGAUUCUAGAUGUGAAAUGCAUCACGCAGCACCCAGGGUUUAGUCAGGUCUGCUUACAAAAGUGGAGUUUAAAGUUAGCUGCUGACAGGUACAAGACAAAAUCUAGAGCAAGAUAUUGUCAAGAAGGAACAGAGAAUAGAUUUCUUCGCAGUGUAUCCUAUAGAGAGUUUACAAGGUUGGUGCAUGGACUAAUUGGCAAAAAGCAGAUACCCCUACCAUCUUGUGCAUACAUGGCCAUAAGAAAAGUGUUUCCAGUUAAUGAAAAGGAAAACUAUACUGGGAUAUGCAGACGAAUCUGA